AAGCACUGACGAGUCCUAAUUUUUUUGUGGUAAAAUCUGAAGCUAAUGCCACUAGUCUGUACCUUCAUUUGCCAACAAAAAAGAAGGGGAGGCAGAGAACAUGGAGGCAGAGAACUCCACCCCCAUCAGUCUACCAUCAACACUGAACACGAAGGCAAGCAGAAUAACAUGAAUACCUGAUGCGGAGGGAACAGAGGGAAAGUUUCAUUCAUUCUCAAGGUAGAUCUCCAGAAGCUUUUCUCCUGUUGUCUAUCGUCUGGGUCCAUGAGAACCCUCAGGUACCAGCCCCCGAAGCAAACCUCAGAAGACGUUUCCUCUUGACUAACCCUACGACACUCCAUCUGGCCUGGGCGUUGCUCUGACUUCACCUGUUCUGAUCUAUUCUGGACGUUGGUCUGACUCCACCUGUUCUGAUCUAUUCUGGGCGUUGCUCUGACUUCACCUGUUCUGAUCUAUUCUGGGCGUUGCUCUGACUUCACCUGUUCUGAUCUAUUCUGGACGUUGGUUUGACUCCACCUGUUCUGAUCUAUCCUGGAUGUUGCUCUGACUCCACCUGUUCUGAUCUAUUCUGGGCGUUGCUCUGACUCCACCUGUUCUGAUCUAUUCUGGGGGUUGGUCUGACUCCACCUGUUCUGAUCUAUUCUGGGGGUUGCUCUGACUCCAACUGUGAUCUCCACCAUGGACGAUGCCUCCGCCCCACCCUUCUCAAACCACACAGACUGCCAGGUGGUGAAAGUCCCGUACCAGCUGUUCUUUGCUCUAGGCGCGGUGGCAUUUGGUGAGAACCUGCUGGUGGUGCUGGCCGUGGUGCGCAACAAGAACCUCCACUCGCCCAUGUACAUGUUCAUCUGCAGCCUGGCCGCCUUCAACACCAUCUCCUCCCUCUCCAAGACCUGGGAGAACCUGAUGCUGGUGCUCAGAGACGUGGGACACCUGGACUCCAGAGACGACCACGUCCUGAAGGUCGACGACGUCAUGGACACGCUGCUCUGCAUGUCCUUGAUCGGUUCCAUUUGUAGUUUCCUGGCCAUAGCCGUGGACCGCUACGUCACCAUCUUCCACGCGCUGCGCUACCACAACAUCGUGACCACGAGGCGAGCCACCGCCGUCCUGGCGGGGAUCUGGGCGGCGUGCGGCGGCACCGGGGCGUUCAUGGUGGCGCUCUUCCAAGCCGCGUACGUCAAGAUCCUCUUCCUGGUGCUCAUCGUCGCGUCCCUGCUGCUCAUCCUCUUCCUCUACGGCCACAUGUUCCUGCUGGCCCGGUCCCACGGCAGGAGGAUCGAGUCUCUGCCGGGGGGCGCCGUGCCACGCCGCAGCCUCCGGGGGGCGGUGACGCUGACCAUCCUGUUGGGGGUGUUCAUGGUGUGCUGCGCGCCCUUCUUUCUGCACCUCAUCCUCGUCACGGUGUGCCUGGACAACGCGUACUGCGAGUGCUACCGCUCGCUGUUCCAGCUGCACCUGGUCCUGCUGAUGAGCCACGCCGUCGUGGACCCCGCCAUCUACGCCUUCCGAAGCGCCGAGCUGCGGCACACCUUCAGGAAGAUGCUGCCUUGCUCUGACUCACGGCUCUGCUACACGGUCAAGGCUCUGUUUGAGUGAACGGGUUUGCCCCUGCUUUCCAACUGACUCCCUAUUCCCAUCGCUGCGCACUGUUCUAGACUAGACUGGUAGAUAAUGUGUCUCAGUGUCUGAAAUAUCCGUCCUCUGUCAGGUGUCUCUGUGUGUCUGCAGUAUCUGUUCUCUCUUUGGUGCACUAUGGUAAAUUUAGCAAACAAGGCUAUGAAAAACUUUACGGUUGUUUGCCAUCUUGAUCUUACACUCAACAUAUAAGAGAAAUCUAAUAUUUGAUUGAGGUGAAAUUGUCAAAAGAAAAUCUUGAUAACAAAUGUUUUUCUCAAAAGCAUGUCACAAUUAUAGGGUAUGCAUUUUGUACUUUGUGCAUCCUGGCUAAGAUCAAAGCACUGAGUCUUCUCUUAUAAUGGGCGAACACACAGCAAGGGAUGUGAGACCAUUAAUUCUUGGUCCUUACUUGUGGACCCUCUUCUUUGGCUAAUGACCUAGUUUUAUCCUCUUCACGGAGGCAGACGGAUUUUAUAUUGGUUUAACACUGCCUGGUACUUGACAGAGUCCAUGAUGCCAAGUAUUUUAAUGAUGUUUCCCCACAACGUUUGGAAGCAAAACAGACACACGAUAUUACAUGUCCACUACCAUACUUCACAGUGGGUGACCCUAUUUCUGGGGAGCCUAAACACAUUUUGUUUGAUUACUUUUGUGAUCGCAUGCAUAUGAUACUGAUUCACAGCAUAUGAACAGCCAGCGUCUACGAACAAAAACCCGACUUUCUGGCCGUCUCAGAAUCUUGGCUCGGAAAAUUACAUUCAAACAAGGAGCAUCCCGUUCCUCGUUAUCAAUUUAUUUUCCAUCAAGAUAGGUCCUUCAAGGGUGGAGGGGUAGCUAUCUUUUGUCAGGAUAAUCUGCAGUGCUCUAUCAUUUUAUGUUAAUCUGUGCCCAAAGCUGCAGCUUGUUUAAGUCCAAGUCUCAAGAAACAUUUCUUCCUUGCUCCCGAUCUGUCUACCUCCCUGCAUCCUUCUCUCUAGGCUUGUCCACCUCUCUGUUUUUCUUUUCUCUCUCCCUCAGUCUUUUCCUCCCUCUGUCUCUC